GUGUUUGAAAUGGGACUGCUGGACGAAAGUGGACUGCUGUACGUAAUAGCGGAUGUACUGUCGAUCGUUACCAUCGCAUCAUGUCUCGUGUCGAAGGUGCCACAGAUACAAACCGUCCGGCAGCUGCAGUCUGCCAAGGGUUUGAGCGUGAACGGGCUGCUAAUGGAACUGUGCAGUUACACCGUAACGAUGCUGUACAAUUACACCAACGGGUAUGCCUUCCUGUCCUACCUGGAGUAUCCGAUUCUGCUGGUGCAGGAGUACGUGCUGGUGUACUACGUGCUGCACUAUGAGUCGUUACUUGGCAAACGGGCCUAUCAGUGGGCUGCCAUCUAUUUGGCAGUGUUUAUUGGCUUUGCUACCGCAAUUAUACCUUCCUCGCUGCUGAUGAUGCUUGUGCCAUUAACUACACCGGUGGGAGCCACCAGCAAGGUAAUGCAGCUGAUCGCCAUCUUGCGAUCGAAAGAUUCGCAAUCGGUCAGCUUGAUCACGUGGGGCAUAUCGGCGUUUACCAACUCAACACGCAUCUACACGAUCAUGUUGGACUCGGGUGACAAAAUGUUGCUGGCCAACUUUGGCAUCUCGACCGUGCUGAGCAGCUCCGUACUGUUGGCCGCAUGGUACUAUAAAAAACCAAAGAAGGAUUAACGCUUCUACAGCGAUAACAGAAAGCAUCACAAUAAUCUUUUUGCGCACGUAUUGCCUUGA